AUGAAGAAUCCGUUUGAAGCAGAAGCCGCCACACCUGAAACGCUCCACACGUGUACCAGCAGUACAGCACAUGAAGAUGUGGAUGUGGAUGUGGAUGUCGACGAUGAGAAUUUGAUGCCAGCAAAGCAGUUGGAGUUUCUAUUGACUCCUGAUGAGUGGUACGCGCUCGGAGAGAGAGUCGCCUACGAUCUUCAAGCCAACAAGAUUACUACUGAUCAAGCUACUAGUAUAGAAGACACAAGUAGUAGUUCUGUGGUGAAAGUGUUUCGUCGAGUGGUCAAAGAAGACAACAAUCAAGAUGAAGAUGAUGAUGAUGAAGAAGAAGAAGACUUGCAACGGUGGAUGACGUUUCUUCCGUCUGAUCCUGAAGGUUCCUUUGCCUUUCAAGCUGUGGAACAAGCGCUCAGUCUGUCCACAAGUACAUGUACAAGUACAAGUGCUACUAGAUCUACGCGUCAGAAGAAGGAGAAGGAGACACAAGAACACAAGGGACGUUGUGACACGGAGUCUACUGAAGCUUCCUUGGAUUCUCAGAACUUGAUUCAUGUACAUGGCUGUGUUGGUGUAGAAGGAGAAGAGACCAUGAUGUCAUCAUCAGACCAUGCUCUUCCUCUACCUCGCCUCUACUUGGAUUACGUGGGAAUGGGAGACAGUGACUCCAUUCACACUACCAGUAGUCAUCAUCAUCAUCAUCAACCCUCACUGACCAAACAACGUGCCGAUCUGGUAGAAGCUCUGUGGGAAGAACAAGGAAUCAAACGAACGGUGGUUGUCUCGGCUGGAGAAUCUUCGUCUCUUGUCAUUAUGGAACUUCUUCAACGACAAAGAAAUAGAUUGGCUGCUGGAUCUCCCUUUCCAAAACUGCUUCAUGUACUAUCACUCAAUGGAAGAUACGUCGCCAAGACACGACAAAUCAACCAAUUGCCCACCGUCACGCAAUUGCUGCGCAGUGACAGAAUGGGACCCAAGCUGGCACACAAGGCACAACGAUCAGACUUUACAAUCGCACACUGUCUAGGACCACAUCUCAGAGGAUGCUCUGCCAAAAACAAACAACUCAAGAAACAAAUAUACUCCGUUGUUCGACGACACAAUGGCACUUCUUCUCAAUUACUAGAUAUGGCACGCAUUGUCGAUGAUCACCUGGACCGCCAACAUCGAUAUCGAUGGCACUUGCCACACUUACUCAAAGUAUUUGCUGUGGACCAAGGAAUCACAUUUCAUUUGGCAACCACCAAUAGUAAAAAGGCUUCUCAACAGAUACAAUUGGUACAACGACAACUCGAUGACUACGAACUCACUGAUAUUCCACAUGUGCGAUACGACAAGUUCGAAGCCGCGUCCACCACGGCAUUUCUAUUCGACACAUCUGCCGUGGAAGGAUUCGUUACAGCUAUUCGACAAUUGCAACAAGCAGACAUUCCCAUGUCAUACAAUGCCAUAAGAAAGAAUAAAUGUGCACACGACGAUGGACAGUUGAUACUGUGGAGACGAUCCUUUGGGGAAGAUGAAUUCGAUGAGCUCGAUGAAGAGCCACACGACAAUGAUAGUUAUCUAGAUGAUGAUGAUCAUGAUCAUGACGAAGACGACCACCUGGCCACUCAGUCACUCGAUACGAGACUCGAAACAGAAAUUGUUUUUGACAAUAGUGAAAUGGAUGACGACGAGUUUGAUUUGUUCUAA